CGCAAAUAUUUUCAAAAAUACUUAUUUCGGCCAACCGGAAACUUCAUAGUAUCGUAGUAACUUACAAUGAAGUGUGCUCACGUUUUAUGUUUUUGUAGUGUUUUCUACUAAAAUACGCUUAUUACGGUAUUGUUGAAAGUAAAUUAGCGUUUGCUAGGGGGUUUCUUCAUACACACUGAAGAUGGGAAAAGAUAAAAAGGAAGUAGAAAAUACUGCAAACGGUGAAGACGACAAGGAUGAUGAUAGGAAAAAAAAGAAGAGUAAAAAGCACAAGAAACGCAAGAGGGAGACAGGUGAUGAAGAAGACAAAAGUUACAAGAAGAAAAAGAAGUCGAAGAAAGAGAAAUAUAAAAGCCCAAAGCCAGAAAGUGAGACUUCGUUGUCGGAUGUCGAGGAUUUGAUAAAGAAAUCGCGGCAAUGCAAGCCUCAAAUGAGACAAGAAUCAUUGGAAUCGCCUUUAAUAGACUCAGUGGACUCUACUCGGCAAAAGGCCAAAAAUGGGGACACGUCACGACCAACGUCCCGCGCUCACAGCAAUGGCAGAAGUAAUUAUACCAAGAAGUACGAUACAAGAGAUGAUAGUUUAGAAGUCAUAUCGUCUAAUUCAGAAACUGGAUACCAGGAAGACUGUGCGAGUCCAGAACUGACCAUAAUAGAAGAUGACUUAAAUUUAGAAGAGUUGAUGAAACAAAAAGAGUUACUACAAGCUCGUCUCGUUGCUUAUUUUUCUGACAAAAGUGAAGAUGAAACUCCUGAAGAGGAGGCAGACGAAGUAAUAUGUGUGAAUGACGAUAAAUCUCCUCUUCAGAAGAAAGGAAAGACUAGGAAGGACCGUGAGAGAGAACAUGAACAUAGAAAGAGUAGGCACUCUGAUAAGGAUAGACAUGACGAGAGACACAAAAAGAGGCAUGAAGAAGAUUUGCGGGAUAUUAUUAAUAGGGAAAGUAGGAAAGAAAAGGAAAAGAAAAUAGAAUUGGAACGGGAGUAUAGAGAAAAGGAACGGGAAAGAAGGAAGCAGCUGGACGCCGAGCGCGACAGAGAGAGGGAAAGAGAAAGGAAAAAGGAAAAGGACAGGGAACGGGAGAGAGGGAAAGAUAGAGAUCGGAGGUCAUCGGAGGUGCGGAGGAAGGAGAGGGAGUCACGAUCGCGGCGGCGGACGCGCGAGCGGUCUUUGGGUCGGCGUGACCGGCGCGACCGGCGCUCCCGCGACCGUAGCCGGGAACGGAGCAGGGAUCGAAGCCGGGACCGGAGCCGGGACAGAAGCCGUGACAGGCGCAGGGAUCGAUCUAGAGAUAGAGACGGACGGAAGGACUCAAUAAACGACGUGCCUCAUCUAGUGGCCAGUUCCAGUGACUCCGAGCUGAACAUAGACAUAAACACGGAUGACGAAGAGGAAACAGAGGAGCAGAUCAUCGAAAGGCGGCGAAAGCAGCGCGAACAACUUGUGAAGAGGCUCGGCGGUAACUCUAAUACAGAUGACACACAAAAGGAGACAGGCUCCACCACUCCACCAAAAAUUGAAAAGGAUAAAACUCCUGAGCCGGAAAAGAAUGUCGUCUGUGAAAACAGAAAGGUUCGAUCGCAUCUAAAGUCGCCGACGUGCGCGAUUCCAAUGGGAGGCACGACCACCAGUGUAUACAAAUUUAACCUAUUUACAAAGAAAGAAAAGAAAAGUGACAAGAUGGUUGGGCCCGAUGUCCCUCCGAACGAACUCUAUCGAAAAUUGUCUAAGGUGUACACUGAUAUAAAACACAGUGAAAAGAAUCUGAAUUCAUUAUUAACAGCUCCUAACAAGAACGAGGAUUACAUGGACGACCUGAAGAGACUUUACGGUAAUAUAAGGCGAAGUGAGAGAGAACUCGAAGGCCUAAUACGAAGUGGAGUAGAGAAGGAUACCCCUUAUGCCAGGGAUUUGGCCAGACUAUAUGGUGAGCGGAAAAUCAAUGAAGAUGACUCGGUUGUUCUGAACGAGAUGUUGGAUGCCAAUAAUAGCCCUUUUGCGGUCGAUAGUGUCAGGCUUUUUGGCAAUAGGGAUAAAGAGGACACCAAAAAGUCGACGGCAACUUCUUCAGACUUACUCAAACCGGAUGACUCUGACAUCAACUCGGAGGACAAGAAGUCCAAACUGAAGUUGAUGUCCGGGAAGACCCAGGGCGAAUGGGACAUGUUUGCGGACCAAGACAACUUUGACGUUGACACUGCGACGGCCGGUAAACCGCGAAGUAAAAACGCUUUAGAAAAUCCAUCGCUAACCGAUAACUGGGAUGACGCUGAGGGGUACUACCGAGUUCGGAUAGGCGAGGUGCUAGACAACAGGUACAGUGUGUACGGGUACACGGGACACGGCGUGUUCUCGAACGUGGUGCGUGCGCGGGACCAAGCGCGGGGCAACAACGACGUGGCCGUCAAGAUUAUACGGAACAACGAGAUCAUGCACAAGACUGGUCUCCGUGAGUUGGAAAUACUUAAGCGGCUGAACGACGCGGACCCCGAGGACAAGUUCCACUGUCUGCGGCUGUACCGGCACUUCUUCCACAAGCGGCACCUCUGCAUGGUCAUGGAGCCGUUGUCCAUGAACCUGCGCGAGGUGCUCAAGAAAUACGGCAAGAACAGCGGCAUCCACAUCAAGGCAGUGAGGAGUUAUACGCAGCAGAUGUUAUUGGCCCUCAAACUGUUGAAGAAAACUGGCAUAUUGCACGCUGAUAUCAAGCCGGACAACAUCCUUGUGAACGAGAGCAAAUUGAUGUUGAAGCUGUGUGACUUUGGUGCGGCGACUCACGUGACCGACAACGAUUUCACGCCCUACCUAGUAUCGCGGUUCUAUCGCGCACCAGAAAUCAUCCUAGGCGUGCCCUACGACUAUGGUAUCGACAUGUGGUCCACAGCAUGCACUAUAUACGAACUGUCCACCGGCAGAAUUAUGUUCAUUGGGAAAUCGAACAACGAAAUGCUCAAAUACUUCAUGGACCUGAAAGGGAAGAUACCAAAUAAGAUAAUCAAGAAAGGACUGUUCAAAGAUCAGCAUUUUGAUGCGAACUGCAAUUUUUUGUAUCAGGAGUUAGAUAAGAUAACUGAACGGGAGAAGAUAGUGAUAAUGUCUAGUAUAAAACCGACACGGGACCUCCAGUCGGAGCUGGCGCCUCCGCACCACCGCCUGCCGGCGCCCGAGGCCAAGAAGAUAACCCAACUCAAAGACUUGCUCGAGAGAAUGCUCAUGCUGGACCCCUCGAAGAGGGCCUCAGUCAACCACUGCCUCGCACACCCAUUCAUACAAGAAAAAAUAUAGCAGUCAUUCAACCACUAGUAAUAGUGACUGUAUAUAGUAUUUUUAUUCUAUGCAUGACUGUACACGUGAACACGAUUAAUAAAGUGAUGAUUUUAGGUAUAUAACUCGUUUAAAUAACAUGAAGAGUGUACAUUUUGAUACCAAGUGCCUGUGAGGUCCGGAAUUAUUUUAUUCAUAAUGUUAUUCUUCAUCAAAUUAUCCAUAACUUGAAUCGUAUUACUAGAAGUCUAUUUUUUUUUUAAUAAAAAUUUAUUACAAGACCGUAUUUUGAGAAUUAUCUGAAAAUAUAUGUCGUGACGCUAAUCAUAAUCAUGAUCAUACAUUACAUACAUAACACUGGCACAUGCUAAAUACUCGUUAUAGAAUUUUCCUUCGAUGUCAUCACAACGGUACCUACUUUUUUGUGGUAAAUAAUACGUUUAGUAAAAUUACUUUGAGUUAUUGGACAUUGAUCUGUAUAUAUCUGAGAAUUGUUAGCAACAAUUUAUUCCCAAAUAUGUAUGGAUCAUAGGUCUGCAUGAAACUAAUUUAUUAUUCCACUUAUACUUACAAAACUAUGUCAAAAUUUGUCCACCUUUGUGCACAAUGGCUAGUUGAACAAAGUCUCACAAUUCUGUGAAAUUAUGUUUUUGGAUAUUUUUUAUUAGAUCAAAGAAAGAAAAUUUUUGGUGUUUGGUGUAAAAGUGACACUGUGAAGAAAACUUUAUAGAUUUUAUUGGUAUACUGUCCUUUGCAUUGUGCGAAAUAUUAUUUUAUACUCCCUAAUAGUAUAUGAUGUCUACCGGAUAUGAAUCUGGUGAUAUGCAAAUAAAUACAUGUUUAAUCAUCUGAUAAAUACCAAA